AUGGCGGCUCUGGUGGCUCAGGUCAGCAUGUCCCAGAGGCAGCAGCAGCAGAGUGCGGUCCAGCAUGCCGUCAGGCAGGCGCUCUCACCCGAGUCGUCCCUCCGCCUUUCCUCCACGACGUACACUGCAGGGACAGAAGAGCCCGUCCGGCUCUGUCCGACGGGUCUCUCGGGCCGCCGCUCCCGUCUCCGCCCCCUCCCGGCCCCCUCUUCACUCUCUCCCCGCGGUCUGGGCUGGCUCGGCCUCGCCCCACCCGCCCCUUCGGCACCCGGCCCGGCCGCGGCCCCUCGAUGUGCCGCUCUGCCCCCGCAGGCCUUCACGGAGCUGCAGGCCAAGGUGAUCGACACGCAGCAGAAGGUGAAGCUGGCCGACAUCCAGAUCGAGCAGCUGAGCAAGACCAAGAAGCACGCGCACCUCACCGAUACCGAGAUCAUGACGCUGGUGGACGAGACCCGCAUGUACGAGGGCGUGGGCAGGAUGUGAGUAGCGGCUCCGCGCCCCGUCCCGGCGC